AUGGGCUCCUCAUCGUCAGACACCGUUGGUGUCAUUAUUGUUGCCGUCCUUAGUUCCUUUGCAUCCGCCAUCCUCAUCGCCUUGGCCUUUGCCGCCCUCUACCUCUACAGAUAUUCUCCCCGUUCGGGGUGGCUAGACUUCCUCGGCAGGCCGGGAGAGUUUGACGAUGAGCAGGCAUUCCUCAAGGAGGAGGCCGAGGCCUUGGAGACAAUGGAUGAAAUGCAAAAGACUGAGUAUCUGAGGGCCAAAGCUUUUAUCAAUUUCAACCCCCGAGUCGGCUCAGACCGAUAUCUCCCUCUCACAAUACCUUGCGAUCCAAGAAAGGGCGUUUCCGCUUGGGAGUUCGAGCCCGAGCUUGAAAUUGCCAAUUGUUUCGUUGAGGCCCGCACCGAAAUCGAAUUCUUUGACUCGGAAUGCACAGUCAUGUGCAACUUGCCCGUUCCCAAGCAAAACGACGUCUACUACUGGGAGGCCAAGAUUUACGAUAAGCCUGACAACACUCUUGUCAGCAUUGGCAUGGCUACCAAACCUUAUCCGCUCUUUAGGCUCCCUGGCUAUCACAAGUCGUCCGUUGCCUAUCUCUCGAGCGGUGUUCGACGGCAUAACCAACCCUUCAACCCUACCCCGUACGGCCCCGAGAUUGUGCAGGGCGACGUUAUUGGCGUUGGCUACCGUCCGCGCACCGGUACCAUCUUCUUCACCCGGAACGGCAAGAAGCUGGAGGAUGUGGCACACGGGCUUAAGACGCAAAACUUCUUCCCCGCUAUUGGUGCCAACGGACCAGCCACCGUCCACGUCAAUCUCGGCCAGUCCGGCUUCGUCUUUAUCGAGGCCAACGUGAAGAAGUGGGGUCUCGCACCCGUUACCGGCAGCCUCGCCCCUCCACCCCCGUACGGCUCGGAACAGGGUAGCAUCCUCCUCGAAUCCGGGUCCAAGGACGGGAGCUACGGUACCAGCACCAGCCCCGCCAGGUACCAGAGGGCUCAUGCCAACACCCACUCGGCAUACCAGGUCCCGAAGCGGAACCUUCCGUGUUCUUCCUCCCACGAGUCCCGGCCCCGCGCGGAGCCUACCGAUAUCUCCCUCGCGCAACUAGUCCCCACGGAAGAGGCUGAUGAGCCCAGCGACGCCGUCACCCAUCACCCCAGUGGCAGCGAAGUUGCGGACGACGACGAGACAGUCGGUCUCGGUCUCCAGGACGCCCUUAACCCCCGCCCGACUACACGAGCCCAGACAACUCGGAAUCCGGCAGCCGCCGGAGCAGCCUUGAUAGCGAGAACACACCCCUGA